UUUCAAAUUAGUCGCUAUGAUGGUUAGCCCCCUGGGGGAUCUGGUGGCCGAUUCCGUCACGAUUCCAGUGCAGAGUAUUAACCGUUACAAGACGAAUUUGACCAUGGUGCAGACCAAGGAUCACAGCAAGUUGACGGUGCAGGUUGUCACGCGGACUCUACCGGGGGCUUUCACGGGUGUGUCGCUCAUCCGGUCGGCCAAUUACAUGUUCCAGGCGGACAACGAAAUCACCUACAGUCGUAUGAUUCGGGCUCUGUAUCAACUGGAACCAAUCUCUAGAUCAGUUAGCGGAAUCACUUGGACAGACCGAGAGGGAAGCAAAGCGGAUAAAAGUCAGUACUUUAAAUCGGCCAAUCCAGGAGCGGAUACAAAGCGAACGUUCAAUUUGGCCAGCCUUUUAGUCUUUACCGACGCCAGGAUCAGUCAAUAUCCCGACACAGCCAAUUGCAACAAAGCAAACGGAUACGAGCCGUGCAUGGCCGUCGGAUGCUUCCACAAGGAUCAGCGCUGCGAUGGAAAAUCGGAUUGCACCGACGGAUCUGACGAGGAUGAUUGCAAGUCUUGAUUGAAUUAAAC